AUGGCAAGAUUACGGUUCGGAGUUCAGCUUUUGCUUAAUCCAUUUCUUCCUUAUCUUGUAGAAGUGCCGCAAGCUUCCUCGAAUCUCCCCUUAAGGAACAUGCUGAUAAACACUGUGGCCUUUUGGUUAACCUUUCUUUUCUGGAGCCAUCUUUCUCUUUCUGGAAUACAUUCAACUAAGGUUGCUGAUCCCUUUCAUCUGAUGCGCCGCAUCUUUGCAUCAAGCCCCAGGACAUUUAUGGAGCUUGGCAUCUAUCCAAUUGUUAUUUCCAGAUAUAUGAUGGACUUCUUGGCAGGAUAUCAGCGUCCUACAAUAGUAAAUUCAUAUCAGAUGAUCCUGGGAAUCAUCAUUACAAUUGUUCAAGCCUUUGGCUGUAUCAAAUAUGGACUGUAUGGCCAACUCGGAUGGGUGGAUAGUCUCUUUGUAAUAGGUCAAAUUUUAUUUGGAGGAAUAACUGUCAUAUACCUUGAUCAAUAUUUUCAGAAAGGAUAUGGUCUCAUUAGUACUGGAGUCACACCAUUCAUCGCUGCGAAUAUAUGUGGGAGCAUAAUUUGGAAAGCUUUUAGCUUCACUAGAAUCAAGAGUGGCAGGGGAGCUGAAUUUGAAGGUGCUGUUACAGAACUAAUCCAUGUCCUUAUUACUAGGACAGACAAAGUUGGUGCUGUCCAAGAGGCAUUCUUUCGACAGAAUCUUCCAAAUGUCUUCAACCUGCUUCUUACAAUCGUGAUCUUCCUUCUUGUCGUUUAUUUUGAUCGUUUUUACUUUGGUCUUCGUGUGAGAUCAACUAAUGUUAGAGGGGCAAAGAACACAAUUCCAAUUAAGCUUUUCUAUACCUCUUACAUGCCCAUCAUUCUUCAAUCUUCUUCUGUUUCCAUUAUCUACUUGUUCUCCCAGUUUCUGCAUUGGAAUUUCAGUUCAAGUCUCUUCACAAGCAUACUGGGAACAUGGAAGUUGUGCGAGCAUUCGGGCCAAUUUAUUCCUGUCGGCGGUCUAGCCUAUUAUGUCACGCCACCAGCAAGCUUGGCAAACAUGCUGGCCGAUCCUAUCCAUGGUAUUCUCUAUGUGGCGUUUAUGGUUGGAGGUUGCACAUUGAUCUCAAAAGCAUGGAUUGAAGUUUCUGGUCGUUCUUCCAAACGUCUACUUAAGAAGCUUUGGAAACAACAACUGACGUUGGAUGGAGAGAGGAACUCAAAUAUGGGAAGGAAACUGAAUCUCUAUAUAGUUACUGCUGCAGUUUAUGGUGGAAUGUGCAUCGGGGUGUUAACUGUGCUUGGAGACUUGAUGAUGGGUCCAUUUGGCACAGGAGCUGAGAUCGUGCUUGCUGCUACCAUCUUUUGUCAGUUGUCUGACACAUUAGAGAGGGAACAUCGCCUCUGAACGUGGCUUUUAGGAACUAGUUUCUUUCUUGAUUGGCAACUAGCUUACAUACAGUUAGUUUAGUUAGUUGGCCUUCUUGUAAAUAACAAUUGAUUUUUCCUAGAAUUUUUAUUUCUCCUUUUAUCCUUUGAACUUCAAAACU